AUGCGGCUGCUCUCUGGCGCCUCGGCGUCCCGCCUUCCAUCUCCUCUUUUCUCACACCCCCGCGCAAGGACAAGAUGCGUCCCAGCGUCCUCCUUCGCCUGUCGAGCAGCUCCUUCAUCAGCCGCAGGUACAGGCGACGGCGGCGCGCGGAAGCCGUGGCUCUUCGUCGGUCUGGGUAACCCCGGAAAGGUGUACCAGGGAACUCGCCACAACGUUGGAUUCGAGAUGAUCGAUGUUAUAGCAGAAGCUGAGGGUAUAUCUCUGAGCAGUAUGCAGUUCAAGGCAAUGGUUGGAAAAGGUCGCAUCGGUGAUGCACCUAUUAUGCUUGCCAAGCCACAAACCUUUAUGAAUGCAAGCGGUGAGUCUGUUGGGCAGAUGGUUUCAUAUUUCAAAAUACCACUUAAUCAAGUCGUUGUGAUGUAUGAUGAUCUGGAUUUACCCUUUGCAAAACUGCGCCUGCUGCCAAAGGGUGGGCAUGGCGGACAUAAUGGGUACUCCAUUUCUCGUCUACUUUCUGAUAUCUGUUCCAUGUAUAGCUUAUUAGUCGUUAUUUCAGUGUUCUUUCUAAUACAAAUUCUGAUGAAGACCACAUACUUUUGGAGACAGAUAAUUGUUCCAUAG